AGCCAUGGAUAACUAAAAGAGUAACAGAAAUCCUUGGAUUUGAAGAUGAUGUAGUAAUUGAAUUUAUAUUCAACCAGUUGGAAGUGAAGGCCUGAACCAAAAUGGAAGUUAUUCCUUGCGUCUGAAGUAUAGCACCAUCACCUUAUUAGGUCACAGCAGAGUGAGUGUCCAAUGUCGCUCUGACCAACUCCCUUGAUGAUGCAGUGUGUGUUUGGAGAAUUCAACUUUAUGAUUUGACUGAACAGUUGACAUUUCAACUGAGAAAGAUAAAUGAUAUAACAUUAAACUCAAGGUGGUUGAGUUGCAGUAGGGAGUCGGAAGCAAGCCAAGGGAACAUCUUUCUCUACAGGGGACUUGGCGAUUCCAAACCCCCCCCAAAGUUCCAAGAAGAAACUGAAGACACCUGGAAUCUAAUCCAGAUUCCAAAAUGAUGCAAAUCAACCUGACUGGAUUCUUGAAUGGGAAAAAUGCUAGAGAGUUCAUGGGAGAACUGUGGCCACUAUUGCUAAGUGCACAAGAAAACAUUGCUGGUAUUCCGUCUGCUUUCCUGGAGCUGAAAAAAGAAGAAAUAAAACAGAGACAGAUUGAACAGGAAAAAUUGGCUUCUAUGAAGAAACAAGAUGAAGACAAGGAUAAGAGAGACAAGGAAGAUAAAGAAAAUAGAGAAAAGAGGGACCGAUCCCGAAGUCCUAGAAGGCGCAAGUCAAGGUCUCCUUCCCCUAGGAGACGCUCAUCCCCUGUCAGGAAAGAGAGAAAACACAGCCAUUCCCGAUCCCCACAUCAUAAAACAAAGAGCCGAAGUGUUACUCCUGCACCAGAAAAGAAAGAAGAGACUCCUGAGCCAGAACCUUCAGUCAAAGUGAAAGAAACCUUGAUCCAGGAGGCCACAUCUACUAGUGAUAUUGUGAAAGUCCCUAAAAUUGAGCCGGUGCCAGAUAUUAAGGAGCCAUCUCCAGAAAGAAUUACAAAGAAGGAAAGGGAGAAAGAAAAGGAAAAGAAUCGCCAAAGGACUCCAUCCCGAUCUAAGUCAAGGUCAAAGUCUCGUUCACGGUCUCCAUCUCAUUCAAGACCAAGAAGGCGUCAUAGAUCGCGAUCCAGGUCUUACUCACCCAGGAGGCGGCCUAGCCCUAGACGGCGCCCAUCUCCUCGAAGAAGAACCCCACCAAGACGCAUUCCACCUCCACCCAGACACAGAAGGAGCAGAUCUCCUGUGAGACGGAGGAGACGAUCAUCAGCGUCUUUGUCAGGAAGUAGUUCCUCUUCCUCUUCUUCACGUUCCCGAUCUCCACCAAAGAAGCCGCCUAAGAGAGUUGUGUCUAGCCCUCCUCGUAAAACACGUAGACUAUCUCCUUCUGCAAGUCCUCCUAGGCGAAGGCACCGACCCUCCCCACCAUUAACUCCGCCUCCAAAACCACGCCGGUCUCCAACACCUCAGCAAUCAAACCGUACGAGGAAAGCCCGAGGCUCAGUUUCUCCCAGUAGACCCUCAGCACCCAAGCAUAAAAGUAUUGAAAAAAGGGAAUCUCCCUCACCGGCACCAAAACCUAGAAAAGUAGAAUUGUCAGAAUCAGAAGAAGACAAAGGUGGUAAAAUGGCAGCUGCAGAUUCUGUGCAACAAAGACGACAGUACAGAAGGCAGAACCAGCAAUCUUCAUCUGAUUCUGGUUCAUCAUCUUCUUCUGAAGAAGAACGGCCAAAAAAAUCGAACGUAAAGAAUGGUGAAGUGGGUAGACGCCGACGGCACUCUCAUUCCCGCAGCCCAUCUCCAUCUCCACGAAAGUGGCAGAAAGAUUCCUCUCCUCGGAUGCAGAUGGGAAAGAGGUGGCAGUCUCCAAUUGUUAAAAGUAGGAGGAGGCGCAGCCCAUCACCACCACCUGCCAGAAGACGGCGCUCUCCUUCUCCAGCUCCUCUUCCAAGACGGCGUAGGUCACCUUCAUUACCACGCCGAAGGUCUCCAUCACCACCACCUCGCCGGCAUUCUCCCACACCCAGAAGAUAUUCUCCUCCAAUACAGAGAAGAUACUCACCUUCACCACCUCCAAAGAGGCGAACAGCUUCUCCCCCUCCCAAACGAAUGGCAUCACCUUCUCCACAACCUAAGCUCAGAAGCUCUCGUUCUCCACCACCAAAACGAAGUUCCCCACCUGCAAAGAGACGUUCACCAUCGAUAUCUUCCAAGCACAGGAAAGGAUCUCCACCCAGCAGAUCCAACCGUGAAACCCGUUCCCCUCUGCAGAACAAGCGACAUUCACCUUCCCCACAGCCUAGGCCUUCCCAUAUUUCUGGAAGUCCCUUGCUACUGCGAAGAGGACCUUCAUCUUCACCUCAGCGAAGGCAGUCUCUAUCGCCAAGCACUAGGCCCAUCAGGAGAGUCUCAAGGACCCCAGAGCCCAAAAAGUCAAAAAAGGUUUCCACGCCAAGUCCACAUUCUGUGAGAAGGGGUUCUUCAUCCAGGUCUGUUUCAGGAUCUCCUGAGCCACCUCCCAAGAAACAUCCAGCACCUCCAUCUCCUGCUCAGUCUCGAUCGCCCUCUGCUCACUGGUCACCACCAGCACCUGCAAAGAAGGCUAAAAGUCCAACACCAAGUCCAUCACCAGUAAGGAAUUCUGAUCAGGAAGGGGGUGGCAAAAAGAAGAAGAAAAAGAAGGAUAAGAAGCAUAAAAAGGAUAAAAAGCAUAAGAAGCACAAGAAGCAUAAGAAAGAGAAGGCUGCCGUGGCUGCUGCAAUGGCUGUUUUUACCACACCUGCACAGGAAGACGAAGAGAAAAAUCUAGAACCCAAAAAGGAGACUGAGAGUGAAGCAGAAGAUAACCUGGAUGAUUUGGAAAAGCAUCUGCGUGAGAAGGCUCUGAGGUCAAUGAGGAAGGCGCAAGCGUCUCCACCUUCUUAGGCCGAAGCAGCAUUUGAUAUAAUGUACAUUUUGUUUGGUUUGUACUCAAUUUCAAAUUGCUAAAAUGUGUUUGAGCUUUAGACUUUACCAUUUGUUGUAAUAAUUGCUAGGUUGAAGUUCACCAUGUUUUAAAAAAAAAAGGGCAUGGAUCUUCAUUAGAAAAAAGCAUUCAUGGUGUACUAGUGACCUUCAACAGUUGAUAUGGUUUCACUAGAAUUUUCUUAAGCAGUAAGGAUUUCUCCCACCCCCCAAGUUUUAAAAUAAAGCUUACAGAUCCCGCAGUUCCUCUGAAAUGCUAUAGUACAAGUGCUUGUGAAGUUUCUAAUCUGAGUUCUUGCCCUAGGCCAUUUGUGGUCUGUUAACAAAGAAACUGCAUAGCAACACUUGCAAAUACCCAGAUUUCUCUAUUUGCCUGUAUUGUCUAUGCUUAAGGCUGGGAUCAGUAUUUGAGGAUAGUAUCUACCUGGUAACCUGCUGCUUUCCCAGAACACAGUCGGUUUGUAAUGGUGUAAUGAGUUAUUCUGGAAUGUUGGAAUUUAAUUUGUACUUUUUUCUUUCCCCGACCCCCUCCCUCUUUGUUUUUUUUUAAUUAGUUCCCAUGAUCAGCAGUCUCAGCAGAGUUUGGCAUACAGUUUUGUUCUGUGAAAUGUUGUUGCCCCAUUCAUAGUUUUUUUUUUCUUCUUGUUAUGGCCCUUUGGAAUAGUGUGUAACUUUCAGAGCAAUGAUCUCUGAAAGCCUGAAGGGCCUGAACUUUGGAUAUUGUCAUGUUCUCUCACUGGGGUUUUUUGUUUUUGUUUUUUUAAAAAAAAACUAAAGCUAUUAUAAAGCUUGUGGAUUAAACAAAAUAAAUUUCUAAAUUUAAAGGA